CCAAGUGCAACUUCAGGUGCUUUAAGUUGCAACUUCGGGCAAAUGUCAACUUGGUUAUGGCAUACAGAACUUAAAUCAAAAACUAUUCCUGAAGAGUGUGAAAAAAUGAAAUACUGUACGCUUCACAAUCUUCAUAUUCUCCAUGAGGUCCGUUAUAUUCUCUAA